GUGUAGAACCAACAAGAAAACAUAAGAUACCUCCACCCUCAACCACUCCUCCCGAAUUCCACCAUGGGAAUGGACGACGACGACGAUUCUUCCUUCUCUCCUCGUAAACACAACUACAAUGUAAAUAGUAAGAUCAUGUUGAUAGCUAUAAUCUCGUUAUCGUUCGUGGUGAUACUCGUCGCCUUACUCCACAUAUACGCCCGAUGCAUGCUGCGCCGCCAAGCCCGCCGUCAGGCUGCCCUUCGCCGUCUUGGCUUCAUAACACACUCCGCCAACGUGCAGAUCGUCGAGCCGCCAAAAACCGGCCUGGACCCAUCAAUCAUCGCCGCUUUACCCAUAUUCAUGUUCAAACAAACAAACGGCACCAGCAGUGAGAUGGGCUCCGUGGAGUGUUCUGUAUGUAUAAGCAUUUUGGAAGAUGGUGAAAUGGCAAGGACUUUGCCAAAUUGCAAACACACUUUUCAUGCAGACUGCAUUGAUAAAUGGUUCGGUUCAAACUCAACAUGUCCAAUUUGUCGCACGGAGGCCGAGCCUAGGCCUGUGGCCGGAGCACCACCGUCGGCGCCACCGCUAGACGGGGACGGAACGCAGCCGUCGUCGUCUAAAGUUAGUGGCUCAAGCUCGCGGUUAAGCUCCUUCAGAUGGAUUCUUAAUAGAGAAAGGUCAUCUAGGAGGAUCCAUAGUCAGUCUUGUGGCCAGGAAGAAGGUCUACCAGAUCUUGAGAGGCAGUGAUUACAAUAAUUAAAGGUACAGAUUAAGCAUCACAUACAUACUACAAAAUGGAAAAAUUAAUAAUAGUUGAAUUUGAUUUUUUCCUGUGCAGCACUUUGAGGUUCUUGGGAUUGUUUCUUUCUUCCUUUCCCUUUCAUGAGGCUAUGUUCUUUAAAUAGUUAAUCUAUAAUAUUGUGAGAGCUUUCUGUAUAA